CUUUACUUGCUCCUUUCUCAUUUACCACGCUCGACCACAUUUCGCUUGACAUGUUGACUGCCACCCAUGUUGUCAUUGCGUGUAGGGGCGACAAGCAAUUCCAUGUUCAACAUAUUCGCGUGUCAUUGCCCCGAAGCCUUGCAGUACAUCUUGGUAGUUAGCGCAUCCUAUUGUUGUCUGGAUCAUGUUGGGUGCAGUUGAUCAAUGACGAUCCGGACAAAUACACCAAGCCGAUCGUAUGCACCCCUCACCACAUCAUGAGCGGAGAUGUGCUGCACUUGUCUACAUAUUCUCAUGUCUUGGGACACUCGAAAGCACAUUACCUACUGAUCGUGCAAUAUGGUUUCAUUCACAGCGAGUGGUUUAGUGUGUGGGUUGUGUAUAGUGCAAGGCACCUAUGCUAAAGCCUUGUGGGCAACAGAGCCAGCAAACAACUUCACAGACAUCAUCAGGACAGCGUAUCCUGUUGGCAAUGGGCGACUGGCUGCACUGCCUUUUGGCAAUCCCGGACAGGAAAAAUUCAGUUUCAAUAUUGACUCGCUCUGGAGCGGUGGACCCUUUGAGAACUCGAGCUACAACGGAGGCAAUCCGGAGAGCCCUGUGUCUUCAGCGCUUCCAGGUAUCCGCGACUGGAUUUUUCAGAAUGGCACAGGGAACGUGACAGCUCUGAUGGGUGACAACAACAAUUACGGAAGUUAUGCCGUGCUUGGGAAUCUGACCAUCUCAAUUGACGGCAUCACACAAUUCACGUCCUAUAACAGAUCACUCGAUUUGACCAAUGGAGUACACACGACCUCUUUCGUAUCCAGCGGUAGUAUAUAUACCAGCAAGUUCUACUGCUCCUAUCCGGACAGUGUCUGCGUAUACGAGCUUGCUUCGACCAAUUCGCUACCAAAGAUUGACAUCUCGUUUGAGAAUCAGCAAUCUAAUGCAUCUCUGGUCAACUCUUCAUGUUCGACGUCCACGAGGAUUGCGACUCUCGAAGGCAUCACUCAAACUGACAUCGGCAUGCUGUAUCGUGCUGAAGCAAUGCUCAUAGGCAGAGUUGCUUCACUAUCUUGCUCAUCUGGUGUUCUCACAAUCCACCCGAACCCAAAGCACCGAUCCAUAGUUCUAGUGGUCGGUGCUGGCACAAACUAUGCUGAGGAUAAGGGAAAUGCAGCCGCUAAUUACUCCUUCCGGGGCUCUGACCCAGGCGACCAUAUCGCAACUGUUACAGCUCUAGCGGCAAGCAAAGGUGCGAAAAUGUUGCUGAGGAAUCAUGUCGCAGACUAUACAGCUCUAUCUUCACGAUUCGUCCUCAACCUCCCAGACACGGCAGGAUCCACAGGGAAACCAACAGCAGACAUCAUAGCCGCAUACAAAGGCACAGAGAACAUAACAAGUGAUCCUUACUACGAGUCUCUCCAGUUUGACUAUGGUCGUCAUCUCUUCAUCUCAUCCUCACGGCAAAACUCACUACCACCAAAUUUGCAAGGAAAGUGGGCAUAUGGACUUCAAAACGCCUGGGGAGCUGAUUACCACGCCAAUAUCAAUCUUCAGAUGAACCAUUGGGGUGUAGAUCAAACCGGACUUGGUGAGCUGCAAGAAGCACUCUGGCGGUACAUGACCGAAACCUGGGUACCUCGCGGCUCUGAGACUGCGAAAUUGCUUUACGAUGCACCUGGCUGGGUGACUCAUGACGAGAUGAAUGUCUUUGGCCAUACUGGUAUGAAGACAGGAGAUGAGUAUUGGGCGAACUACCCUGCGUCAGCAGCGUGGAUGAUGUUACAUGUAGCGGAUCAUUUCGCCUACUCUCAAGACUUUGACUGGCUGCGCGAAAUAGGAUAUCCUUUACUAGAAGGUGUCGCCUCUUUCUGGCUAAGCCAACUCCAGGAAGACAGAAAUUUCAACGACGGCACCUUAGUAGUCAACCCUUGCUCGUCGCCAGAACAUGGUCCCACUACCUUUGGCUGCACCCACUACCAACAACUCCUACACUCUCUAUUCACUAACACCUUAUCUUCUGCCCAGCUCCUCAACAUUUCAUCCCCCAUGAUCCCAAAACUCACCCACGCUCUCAAACAUCUAGACACAGGCCUCCACAUAAACCCCAAUCUACACACCCUCCAAGAAUGGAAACUCACCCCCUUGGACACCCUCUACAACAAAAAUAGCACCCACCGCCAUCUCUCCCACCUCAUAGGCUGGUAUCCCGGCACCUCCCUCUCUGCCCUCUCACACGGCUACACAAACACCACGAUCCACUCCGCCAUCCGCAACACCCUCGGCAUCCGCGGCCCAGGCAUCGCCGACGCAAAUGCCGGGUGGGAAAAACUCUGGCGUGCAGCUUGUUACGCCCGUUUAAAUGACUCCGUCACCGCAUAUCACGAGUUGAAGUUGACGACAAGUCAGAAUAUUGCGGAUAAUGGCUUGAGUAUGUAUAGUGGCAAAAACGAGCCUUUUCAGAUUGAUGCGAAUUUUGGCUUCGUGGGUGCGGUUUUGGGCAUGUUGGUUGUGGAUCUUGAUGCAGAGGGGGUUGUAGUGUUGGGGCCUGCUGUACCCAGGGAAUGGGGUGGGGGGAGUGUGGAGGGGUUGAGGGUCAAGGGUGGUGGGAGUGUUGACUUUAGAUGGGAUGAGGUGGGUAUUGUGGAGUGGGCGGAAUGUUUAGGUACGAAGAGGAGGGUUAUCAAUCUGGAGGGCAAGGUGUUGUGUUGAGCUUGAGAUUGUGGGAAUGCUUUUUAUGUUUGAGAGAUUGCUCUAUAUUUCCGCUACCUGGCUGUGAAGUAUAAAGCAUUUCCCCUCAGAUUGUCCCCUACAAUCUUUACUCGUUGGUAAACUUGUUCCUCAAGUUAUCAAACUUGCUGUUGGGGUACUCCAGGCAGUUGUCUACCUUCUCCAUAUGUCUUCCUCCGAAGCCUCCCAUUCCAUUGGUGACCAGAGUGAUAAUGCUUCCCUCACCGACCCUAUCUCCACUACUCUCCCACCACAUCGCGCCACCGAGACCGCGUUGUUGAAUGUAAGACACCUUUGCAGCCGAGGAGGCCGGAUUGUCGUAUGUAAUCAUCACGCGAGUGGAGGGGUCAUAGCUCCAAGAGGCGCCGAAUGAAGGGUCGUGGUAUUCGGUUGCGCCAGGCCGAG